CAACCCAGGUCGUACACAUCUGAAGCUAACUAUUCUAAGAGACACGUCUUCUAAACAAGAAGGAUUGGAAUCAUUAGAAAGAAGGAUUAAAGCAAACUAACUCCAGCAGAAAGGACUCUCAGGGUGACUGUAGGACCAGACGUUUUCAACCCAGGCAACCAGGAAAGAAACUUUCAAUCUUGGAUGCUCUUUCAGAACAUUACAUGAAACCCCCUUUCUUUCUACUUAAUUUCUGUAAAGGAUUUGCUGCGUGCCUGGGGAUGGACUUGGUUUGCAGUUUUCUUGUAACCCUUGUAAUUGCCUCAGCAUGAAGGACUUGUUGUUUCCAGUCUAACUUUAAACUGAAGGCUUUUUUUGCAUCAUCUGUCUCCAUGCUCCACGUGACAUCAGUGCACGGUUCUGUUCCUCAUGGCCGGGAGCAGCUCUAAAGGAGGCAACCUCCACACCUGUGCCUUGCCCAGCCCAUUUCCUGGCUGGGGAGUGUAGCACCGUCUCUGUCUACAGCCAAUCAUCAGUGCGUUCAUCUCACGGCCAGGAAGAAAGCUGCUGUGUCGUCACGCUGAGGCUUCGGACGGUUUGUCUGGGCCGUUUCCCACAGCUGGCAUCUGCUAAAGCCAGUCUCCGGCAGAUGAUUUACCACAAUUAUCGCAGUGAUGGGUAUUAGUCUGAGUCUCACAUCCUGAAUCUCCAGGAAAUCAAGGCAGACCACAGGAAGCAGAGCUAUUAUCCAACUAGGGCUUUGUGUCUUCUUAUAUUUAGAUUUCACGGGGACAGUGACUCUAGAGCCAUGUGGCUUCACAUUUCCACAUUUCCAAUACACCCGGCGCAGGCUGAGUCAUCAUGACUUGGGGCUAUGGAAUGAGGGAUACGACCACCGUGUUUCUCAAACCCUAUGCUGGCCAGAGAGUUAACCCUACAUCCCUCUUUUCUGUCUAGAACAGCCAAAUCAGACCCUCAUGGGGACAGUCUGGGAAGCCAUAUCUAUCUGAACAAUCCUGGGGCAGUUAGGGAAUUACUGAUCUAGCAUUCUGUGAAGCCGUAACUGUCUUGCCAAGGGAGCUAACAGAGUUGGUGACUAUGGAGAAAGGCAGACCCAACUACCUAUGGUCCUGGAUGAGGAUGCUACUUCUUAGAGCCUCCGUGUCCUUGUCUGUCCAAUGGAGAUAAUAGGUCUCACUUCUCCAGUGCUUGCUGAAGACUGCAAAUAUGAUACACGAAGACACCUGGUGCUCAGUACGAGCUUAGCCAAUGGUGACCAUUACCAUUAUUGUGACAGAGAUUUUCAGAACUCAAAGAGGCCUUAUGUGUAGUCGAGGAUGGAGACUUUGAACGGCAUGCAGGAGGAGACUCUGCAGUCUCCCUUAACUUUGGCACCACUGGGAACCCGGUCUGAAGAAAGAGGCCUGCUGGUGUAGACCACAUGUUCAGAAAUCUUGACGGAUAUUGCUUGUCUUAAAUCAUUUUGAAUGUUCUAUGUAGACUUUACUGGUGCCGGGCCGUUGGUGCUCGCACAGGCCUAACCGAAACCCUCAUUUGCUUCAGUCACCUCCCUCCUGGGCAGGGAAGCUGGCACUUGAAAUCUGGGCUCAACAUGUUGGCGAACUCUAAAAGUCAGGCAGGGCUGUUUUGGCUCCCCUGCUUGGAAGGACACGAGGACAAACACUGCCUAAUCAGCUGUCUGAACUUCCUGGUGCUGAUUUGGACAACAAACAAUGUGACCUUUUGACAGAAAGCAAAGGUAACCAGAAAAGCUCGUGUGGCUGAGUGUGAAACCCCCACUGCCCAGCCCCAGCACAAUGAUGAGCUGGGUGUCGGCUGGGUCGGCAAAGGUGAUGACAAUCUCCAAAAUUCUAGGCAUACCGUCAUUUAGUCUUCAGAGCUGAGCCAUGAAAUGGGUGUUAGUCUCUCGAUGGAUGAGAAGACAGACAUUCUUUCCAGGAACUCUGUAGAACCUUGGACAAACUGCUUCACAUGCCAUGACAAUAAUGUCUAACUAUUUGAGAAAUGAGAGUAGACUAAAACUUAUUUAUCCUAAACCAGAAAGUCUUGGUUCUUAUGCUUUCCUCCCCUUGGAUGUGGCCUCUGGGGAGUUCUUAGCUAAUAUCUGUUGUGGGGUUUGUUCCAUGGCUAAAGUGGGGGAAAUAAUGUACUCUCUACCUAAAAGUUUUUAAAAGAUCAAAUGAAUUCAUGUGGGAAAGCAUUGUGCAGCCAAUGGGCCACAAUCCCAUGUGUCGGGGGAGCUAUAUUCCUCAGUUAAACAAGUUGCCCAAAGUCACAACCCAUUAUAUACUAGAGAUAAGAUGCAGGUUUUUACAAUAGACCCCACUUCUUUUAUGGUAGAAGACACAUUUGGGGGGGUUCUAGACUUAUUCAUAGGCCCAGAUUUCGAGAACCUGCAAUUUCAUCAUCAACACACUAUCAUCAGUGCUCCACGGUCAGUGGCACCCAGCAUGCUCUGGGAAUGCACAUGGGGCAGUCUACUAGACCAAGACACCUCAAAGGAACUGUAGCUGAUGGCAAGGCUGUGCAACGCCCCAGUCUGCACCCUCCAGCUCUUCAGGAACCUCCUUCCUCUCCUCCUGGCCACGCACCUGCCACAGUCAGUCUCUUUGGUGCUCCCAAUGUCCCCUGUACAAAGGCAGUUUCCUGAAUGCUGCUAUUCUCAGCAACACACAGGGAACUCAAGAAGACUCGAAUAACGAACCCUAGGUCUCACGGCACUGCAGAGAUGAACCUGGCCACACUCCUGCUAGCAUGUGGAGAAUCCAUCCUUUCCACCCUAAAGUGGAUGCUGGUGAAGGGCAGAUCAAGGCAGAUCACCAGGUUGGAGCCAUCCUGACAGGUUCUCAGAGCUCAUUGGAAGUGCAGCAGGGACGGCAGAGCCCGGAAGAGAGCACUGACUUCUGGACAGGGUAUGAAAGGGAGGAACUCUGGUCCCCAGGAGGGCAAUACCAGAGGGACUCCCAGGACACAGUUGGUCAGUUAGGAGCCAGGGAGCUCUGGGCUCCUGGUGAAUCCCCAGCGAUCAAGGCCAGCCCUGGACAGCCUUUGACGCUGCUCUGAGUGAGCCCACGACUUCCUGGCAGGCUGGGCGUGGCCUGGUCGCCUUGACCACCAGAAAGAGAAACCUUGGGAACGCCUGCCUGAUCAGGACACUGCUGUGCCCUGGAGUGAGGCUCACCACCGGGGCUUGCUCCCUUGCAGUCACCCUUCCUGACCUGGGAAUUCUGAGAGCAUGCCUGCCCAGAGCCCUAGAAGUACCCCUCUGCCCACAACACACCUUACUGUUUUAAAAACAUACCUCAAGCCAAAGUUGCUGACGAGGUUGGAGAAACACGUGAGAAGGAAGACGGUGGUGGGGAUGAAGGAGCUGAGCCAGCAAAUCCAAGAAACUAAAUGCCGGCGGCAAAGGUUGCUGAAGGACAGCAGGCAGCUACUAGAGGAAAGACACCCUGUGCGGGCUGAAAACCAGCUUUUCACGGAAUACCUGCGUAAAAACAGCGAGCACUGUGAAAAGACACAGGAGGCUCUGUGGAAGCAGUGCGCCCAAGAAUGCCGGGAGAUCGACCGAAGGAGACAAGAGCUGGCGUCCAGAUACACCCAGAGAAAUGCAGCCCUUGGAGCACAGCUCCUACAGAGCAGAAAGACCCAGGAGGAUUUACAGCGGCGGCUGCAGGCUCUGAAGACCGUUUACAAGGUAAAGGAGCAGCAGGGCACGGAAAUACAGGCCUUGGAGAAGGAGAAAGAGAAAAUCCAAAGUGAGACAGCGGCCAAGGAGGCACACACCCAGUUCCUGCAGGAGAAGGCCCCGAUGGAGAAGGAGCUGGUGGGGCAGGUCAGCGCCAAGGGGCUCACCAGGAAGUACAAGGCCUUGGCCCUGACGUGCAAGCAGGCUCAUUGUGAGUUCUGUGGCAGCCUCCACAGAGGGAACCAGCAGCUACAGAAGGAACUUCAGCAACUGGGUCAGGAGUACCGCGUGGUGGAAGCUGUGAGGAGUCAGUUGGGGAAGCAGCGGCAGCUGGUGAAGGAGGAGCGGUGGUAUCUAGAAGCCUUGACCAGAGGGCGGCAGCGGCUGCAGGCAGGACGCCAGUGUGUGCGCCUUCACUGUCAUAAUCCAUGCCUUGAGGAGAGUGCUUCAAAGACCACGCUGAGCAGCAAAUCAAGAGCAAAUUCAAAGUAACAGCUACCAUAACUGACUAAAGCAUUUGAGCAUUGGAGAUAAUCUGCAAUCCAAGAAGUAUCCAUCAUGGAGAAUAGAAUUGUGUUUUCAUGAAGGGGCAGUUGUGGCGAUAUCGGACUGUGCUCCUACCCUGGGAUACAUAUACUGGCUGUCUGCCUCCCUUGGGCUGUUGUGGAUUCCAGAGAUUUAGAACAUUGGAAAAACUUUUUAAAGAGUAGUGCUAUAUUUUUAUAGCAGUAUUUGAAAUUCUCAGAUCAUUUAGUUAUGACAUGAAUUUCAGUUCUAAUUGUGUACUUUAUAGUCCACAAAGUGCAGUAUAUAAUCCGUAUGCUCUGUGUAUUUUUACCCAUUUGAAACAAGUAGGAAUCUCAUUCUAAACUGUGGGGAAUUCCGUUUGUUUGUUGAGAGGGGUUGUAUGUUUGCAUUUGUGAUAGGCUGGUUGUUUGUUGGACUGUGGGUUCUGAUCUGAAAGAAUGAUCAUGUGUUUUGGCAAUGCCCCAGCCUGGGAAACUGUGGUUGACUUUAUGUUUCUCAGAAAUUAUUUGAUAAUGAAACCUUCAAAGUAACUUUUUAGAAUUUAGAACCUUCAUUUAUAUGUAAAAUGAAUUCAUUUAAAAUAGGAUUAAAAGGAGAAUUCACUUUUCAAUGUGUCGUAGAAUAUAACUUUAAGCAUUGCUGAUGAAAUGUGUACUUUGCCAUUAAACAGUAUUGUUAAAAACAAAA